CAACACUACAAAUCUAUUACAUUUAUUGAAGAUUAGCUACAAUGUUACUGCUGAUAAACUGUUAACAGAUAACACUGGUAAACUGUUAACCUCCUGUUAACAGCAACGGAACUGGACCACUCAUUCUCUGAAGUUCAAUCUCAAAUUCCUAAUUUGUAUCGGGUUGUCUAACAAACUUGUGUCUCAUUUCAAAAGUUUGAAAUCAUGAUCAUUCGCUAUCUACCAAAUGGCUGUAGGAAAGUUUCUAACCUCCUUCACUUGUCCAGAACAUUAAGUGCUACAGCAGCCUCAACAGCAAAUGCAGUCAAGGACAAUAUAAUUCUUGAAGAAAUGUUUAGCCCAGAAAAUCAGGUGGCAAAGUUACAAUCCACUCCAAUCAUCGAAGAACCGAAUUCCAUCAUCGAUCAAAUACCCUUCAUUUAUCAGACUCUGCUGGACUCACUACAAGUAUCCUCUGGUAUACCCUGGUGGGGUGUGUUAGUUGGAGUUGGUGUGGUUGGUCGUCUCCUUACUUUACCCGCACAUGUUCAACUGGAGAAGAGCAUGAUGGCUAAACUUCCUCUCAUUAGACUGGAGAAGGAGGCAGUGAUUGCGCGACUUUCUGGAGAUUUAGUGACAUCGAUGAAGAAAUUCAAGGAAUCUGAGGUGUACAGAAAAACUCACGGUAUUCCAAGCAGUCUGAGACUAAUCACAUAUUUUGCUCCUGGCGGCAUCUUACUCGCUUUGAACUUCAGUUCUGUGUACGGACUGGCAGCUAUGAAUUACGCUCCUCUUGUAGACUCCUCCUUUUUGUGGAUGCACAGUCUGUGUUUGUCUGAUCCACACAGGAUCCUGUCAUUUGUUAAUGGCAUCAUGAUUGCAGCUAUAGCUAAAAACUUUGUUCUCAGUGUUCCAGAUUCUGAAAAAUCCGAAAUGAUCACUUCCCACAAGAAGAAGUGGUAUUUGUUGACUUUCGGUGCAAUAUUCGCACAAGCUGCUCUGCCGGCCAGUGUGCUAGUGUACUGGAGCAUGUCUAAUCUGACAAGGCUCUUACUGAUUGAGAGACUGCUCUGUAUGGACUCGUUUCGUACCAGAGUGGGACUUGUUGAACAUUCUGAGAAACUCGCAGCAUUUGGGGCUAUUCCAAAGGUAGAUACAGCUGCAAAAGCUAUCCAGUUAGCUGGGAGUAAUGAUGCUGAAAUUGUUACUGUCGAUGAGGGCUCUAUCCUUGAGAAUGAGUUAAUAAAACUAUGGGAAGAGGGUGAUUUGGAAGUACUGAAGACUACGAUUGAUGAUCAGAAAAAGCAGCAGAAUGAAUCCACUGUUUCACUUGAAAAGGACCUUACAUACUGCGAGGAUGAACUGAAAAACAUGUCAUUUUCGGAAAAAUUUGGAAACCCAAUCUCAAGGCAGCUCGCAACUCAGCAAAAAGUACUACAAGACAAAAUCAAAGGAGCUGAAAAAAGUAAAAGUAGGUUAGACACAAUGGAGCGUAAGCUAGCAAUAGCAGAAAGAAAGCAAAAGUUCCACUACCUGCUAACAACAGAAGAAGAAGGAGAGUUAGAGUUACUGAGAAGCGAUCUGGUGGAAACCCACAGUAACUUAUUAGAUGAGUUAGAGGAGUGUGAGACAGAACUGGGAGAGGUUUACACCAAGAAGUUACAGCACUUUGAGAGGUAUACUAAGAAGCAACAGCUGCUGAAGUUGCAGAUGAACUUGUUGGAUGAUAUUGAGUUUUGUGAGAGGGAGAUUCUUGAUUUGCCUAAUUUGAAGAGUAAAAUUAGUAAGAUGGAGGGUGAAAGUGAAAGUGAAAGUGAUAGUACUGGUAGUAAGUCUGGUAGUUGAAAUUGUGCCCAUGUUUGAUUUGUACCUUGACCCUUACAAAAUACAAACUAUUUGAGUGCCUUUCUCGGUUUUUGCAGCACCGAACUGUGUUAUAUUAUGCUAUUCUAUUAUCAGCUCAACAAAAGUUUCUGUUUUUUGCUCGAUAUGAAUAAAAUUUGAAGUGUUAUUGAUUAGUAUUUAAAAGUUUGAAA